AUGGAGAGAGCUCAGCAAGAAGAGAAAAGCAUUGGAUAUCGGAGAGUAGUUGUGGGAACUCAUCAUCAUCCCUCAUGUAGGUUUCCGAAAGCGGGAUCUUCAACAGGAACAAAUAAUUCGAGAAGAGGGAAAAGAGCACAAAUAAAUGACACUUCCAUGGAAGAGGAGAAACCAAAGCAAGUGGUUCAUGUGAGGGCCAGAAGAGGUGAAGCCACUGAUAGUCACAGUUUGGCAGAAAGGAUGAGAAGACAGAAAAUAAAUGAGAGUCUAAGAUGCUUGGAAGAUAUUGUUCCCGGCUGCUAUAAGACAAUGGGGAUGGCAGUAAUGCUAGAUGAGAUCAUCAACUAUGUGCAGUCCUUGCAGAAUCAGGUUGAGUUUCUUUCAAUGAAGCUAAUGGCAGCCAGCACAGACUGUGACUUCAACUCAGAUGCCAUGGAAAGGUAUGCUGGAGUUGGCUUCCACUCAACAUCGCCAUGGUCCUAAUUUCAUUACAGCUCAUGAUGAAAAUGUACCCCACUAUUUCAUGAUGAUUAGUAUAAGUGAAAACUUAUGCUGAAGCAUUAAU